AUGACUAGUGAAUUUUCCUUAUCACUUUCAACAAUAAGAAAAACAACUCAAAGUAAUGCUUUAUUCUCUGCACAACAAACUAAUUAUUAUGCUUAUACAUUGAGUGGUAAUAUAUAUACAUAUACAGAUCCAAAUUGGUAUGAUGGGUGUAAUUGUGGAGCUACAUCUACAUGCAAAUCUCAAAUUAACAUUCGGGAUGCUUAUAAUAAUACAAUAUAUAUGUAUGUGCCAGGUAUUUAUACUGGAUGUUAUGUAAUUGAGUCAUUACUUCAGUCUGAUCUUCGAUGUUUUUAUAAUCAGAGUUGUAUAGAUAAGUUACAAUCAUAUUUAGUACCACUUUCACAAAUGAAUGUAUCAGCACUUGAUAGAUCAUUGUUAGUUCGAUUUGUGGAGAAUUCAACAACUCAAGAAAUGAUGGAUGAAUUAAUGAUCGAAACGUGGAACUCAUCAAUAAUGUAUGAGAGUUAUUAUAAUGAAUGUCAACCGUCACAAUGUAGUUAUACUGUUGAGACAAAGAACGAUGCAAUAUAUAUUAUUACAACAUUAAUUGGACUAGUUGGUGGUUUGAUAACAGUUUUGAAACUGGCUGUGCCAAGAAUGGUCAAACUUAUUGUGUUUUGCAUCCGACGAUAUAGAAUGAGACAGAAUGCAGUAAUACCGAUUGGUUGA